AAUAUCAUUGCUCGCUACAAAGUCCCUACCAUUUCCUUUCAUCAGCUUAUUUCUAAGUCUCGUACACUCGUUUGGGAAGUGCUCUUGCGCUUCAGUCACUCAUUUGGAUCUGUUGUCUUAAGAUUUUCCUUGUUCCCUUACCCAGAAUUCGUUUACUUGUCGAGAUAGCUCCUUGCAAUUCUUCCACAAUGAAACGAUCCAGCAAGUCCAUGCCCAUAGUGGCGCUGCUGGCUGUCAGUGCCACUGCGCAGACCACGACUCAGAUCAACGAUCCUGCCGACACUGGCGUCACGACUGUAACAUACUCUGUCUGCCCGACUGCUGUGACCAUCACUACAACUCUGUCCAGCACUCUCACCUGGUGCCCAGGAGGUGGAUGCAAUGGGGGUGCACCAACAAUCACUCCUCCACCCGUCAUCGAUGGUCUCGGAACCGAGAUUCUUGCCUUUACCACAACUUACCCUAACGGCGACAUCGGUGUCUAUCACGAGUACCUUACUGUCUAUCAGCGACCCAACGCUACUGGUACGGGCAUGGAGGCAUGUACCUACACAAUUAGGGAACAGUGUCCAUGCGAGACCAGGAACCCACUCUCCAUUCCAGCGGGUUUCACAACAACUGUCACUGCAUGCACUGCAUGCGGUGAGAAUGGUGCUGCUGCAACUGUUACACUUACAACCCCAUGCGAGACCGGCCCAUAUGCUACCGUUACGCCGAUGGUCGGUCCUACUGGUGUUAGCGCCCCAGGCUCAGGCUCAGGCUCAGGUUCCGGAAGUGGCUCUGGUUCAGGUAGCGGCUCUGGAGCCGACUCUCGAGUUGAUGAAGGUACCGGUGCCGGUAGCAGUGCUGGAUCAGGCUCCGGCAGUGGCAGUGGCAGUGGAUCAGGUUCUGGUGCCGGUACUGGUUCAGGUGCAGGUUCAGGUGCAGGUUCAGGUGCAGGCUCAGGUGCAGGCUCCGGUGCUGGUUCAGGUACUGGUGCAGGCUCAGGCGCUGGCUCCGGUGCUGGUUCAGGUGCAGGUUCAGGUGCAGGCUCCGGUGCAGGCUCCGGUGCUGGUUCAGGUACUGGUUCAGGUGCAGGCUCUGCCUCUGGCUCCGGUGCUGGCUCUGGCAGUGGAUCAGGUUCGGGUACUGGGUCGGGUACUGGUUCAGGUGCUAGCAGUGGUGCAGGCUCUGGUGCUGGAUCUGGCGCUGGUAGCGGUGCUGGAUCUGGGAUGGCGGGCGCAAACAGUAACAACACGAUCUCGCCACUUAUCACGCCUGUCGCACCGUCGGCUUCAUCAUAUACCGGUGGUGCUGGCCAUACGACGGCCUUUGCUCUUCCUGAGGUGUUGGCUGCUGUCGUGGGAUGUUUGGCUUGGAUGUUGUAGCCUUGGUGAUGGAUGCUUUUCGUUUUCAGGAGCAGAGAUUGACCUUUCAGCCUGGGUCGUGGGACAUAUUGCUUUGAGGGUACCUUGUUGGUAUGAUUCCAAACACAAAGGAACGUUGAUGUGUUGGUAGAGUGGUUAGCACCUUUUGAGUCAUGAUUUAGGUCGUCGUAUGGGCAUCUUGUUUCG